AUGUACUGUAGUGGAACAUGUAAAGAUAAUCAUGUUUAUUGUGGAGCUUGGGCAUUAAAAGAUUUUUGUCAAAAAGAAACUGUUAAGAAAUAUAUGAAUGAUAAUUCUUUUCUACUGCUAGACAAUUCAAAGUCAUUUUGGAUUACAAAGCACAGGAGAACAAGGCAGUGGAGGACAAGGCAGUGGUGGACAAAGCAGUGGAAAACAAGGCAGUGGAGGACAAGGCAGUGGAAAACAAGGCAGUGGUGGACAAAAGCAGUGGUGGACAAAAGCAGUGGUGGACAAAGCAGUGGAGGACAAGGCAGAGGAGAACAAGGCAGAGGAGAACAAGGCAGUGGAGUACAAGGCAGUGGAGUACAAGGCAGAGAAGAACAAGGCAGUGGAGUACAAGACACUGGAGAACAAGACACUGGAGGUAAAGUCACUGGAGAACAAGGCAGUGGAGGACAUGGCAGUGGAAAGCAAGGCAGUGGAGGACCAGCAAUGGAGGACGAAUCAAUGGAAGAUCAGCACUGGAGUACAAAGCAGUGGAGAACAAAUCAAUGA